UCUCUGCACUUACAGCUCCCAACAGCACUGAUAUCUGUGUCUAUAAAUAGCUUCUCUCUUCCAACGUCCAAACCCAAGUCCAAAACUUCUUGCAUUUCCCAUAAUUAAUCAUGAUCAAGCUCUUAUCAGUUUUGCUGGUCGCCCUUUUACUGCUACAGGAUUCCGACCAGGCCGAACCUUCUCAUGAUUCGUCUAUGGUCGAGAAAUUCUCGUCCGAUGAUCCAAUUCCAUACCCAUCCACUUUUGUCGUAGGAGGGGACGAAGGGAGUCUUGCUAAAAAACCACACUUUAAACGAAUCAAUUGUGGUCGUGAAUGUUCGAGAAGAUGCGGCAAGUCGUCGAGGAAAAACUUAUGUCACCGGUCAUGCAAUAGUUGUUGCAUUCGAUGUCGGUGUGUGCCUCCUGGAACUUUCGGCAAUAAACAUAUGUGUCCCUGCUAUGCUCGCUUAAGAACUCGUCACAAUAAAUUUAAAUGUCCUUGACAAUUUAUCUACCCGACCCGACCAGAGAUUUCGACACAAAUCUAUAUACAUAAUAAUGUCAGACCAUAUUGUCGGGACUUGGAGGAGAUCUAAAAUUGUUUUCAAGUGUCAAAGAACAUAUGUUUACAUUUAGCUGCAUCAAAUAAAAAUGUAUUGAUAGUUCAAAAUUACAAAUAAUAAAAUAGAAUUACAUUGAAAUUCUAUAUGAAGUUUGAUUGUAAGAAUGUUUCAUUUGAUUCUCUUGUACGAUGAAUGACAUAAUUUAUAUCCAA